AUGUCUACCCACCACAUCAGGGCCGAUGAGCCCGAACACGUCAUCGUAAAAGCAGAUGAGGUUGAUCAGACUGGUACCGAUAUCUCUCCUGUUCCAGACGAACAGCUGAUGGCGGAGGUUGUCGAGGGUCUCUCAUUGGAACCGUCGCCAGUUCUUGAAGAGCAAAUCCCAGCUACCUCGAUUUCAGGGAACGCUAGGCCUACAGGCCGACCAGGGCCGGUACGAGAUGCAGCACCUCCUCCACCAAUGCAACCACCACCUCCUGCUCCUGGCCAAAACGCAAUAGAAUUGGCCCCGGACUCUCUCAGUCUUGCGCAGUUGAGACGAAUAGUACAAGACAUCCCUAAAGUUGAACAACAAGUGUAUGCUUUCCGCUACGCCGACAGUCAGCCUUUUCCUGAGGAACUUGACGAGUGGUUUCAGUACAGUGAACCGGAACGUAUGAUGCUAGUUGGGUCAAAGGUCUCAUUUCACCAGCAAUGGAAAGAGUUUUGUCACAAAAACUCGCUUGACACUAGCACUUCCUGGCUUCACGCUGAAUACGAUACUCGGAAAUCAUUUGUGAAGCAUAUUCUGACUGGGCUCGACGACACAGAUUUGUACACCCGCAUUGAAGCACUAGAAGCGGUAUGCUAUGCAAUGUGUGGUGUUUGGGGAUUAACUGGAGGGAGGAACAGUCAGAAAUCCCAGGUCAAAUCUCUUCAGAUCAAGUGGAUAGUUCAGAAUGUGCUUCUCAUCUACGAAUGUGAUGGUAUUCCAAGACUUUACGAAUACAUGAAGUCUAUCUAUGAUAAGGAAACAAGUCCUCUGGAUACAGAUCCUGUUGAUUUGAAUAAUGAGAAAGAACAUGCCACGUAUCUUAUCGCCCGUGAACGUGAAGCAAAUCUUAUUCUCACGUGUAUGUAUUUUGCGAUAGAGGUCGCCAGAAGGCAGGAAGCGCUUGAUAAGAUGGAUGUGAAACUACGAGGCGCCAUUUCCGUCUUGCAACCAAGUCUACUGAUCACUCUGGUCAAGGUCAUUUCAGGAUUGCGAUGGGAGGACUCCGCCGCCAUACCCUUUACUCGGAUUGCUUUACUUUUUUGGAAAACGAUCCUCCUCGUAUUUGGUGGCACCCAGAGCUUAGAAGAGGCGAAGAAGGAGUUGGAGCCCAAAAUGGACAUCCCCAAAGAUCCAGCUGACCGUCGAGAACCCUUCUUGACUGCAUCCCCAUUGGAUUACCAUAUCUUUCGCCAGGAAGUCACCUCGAAAUACCCAGCCUACAAUCCUCCGCCACCGGUGGUACCCUUAGAAUUGGACCAUAACUCAAUUCUCCCUCCCUUUGCGAACCAUCCUAGUCGGCUAGCUUCUACACAGGGAGUCUCUGGGCCAGCGGCAGUUGGUAGUAGUGGUUCUAUCCUACAUCAACCUGUGCACAUUGCUACACCAGCGCCAUCCCCACCUCCAUCUCCGAUAGGACCAAGUGGUAAGGCAGCAAAGAAACAGAACUAUCAAACCAAUCAACAUUUUCCCUUUAUGUACCCGCCUUUGGAUGAUUCAAGCAACAACAUCGGAGGCAAAGGUACAAGUGAGAUGCAAGACACUUUAGUGGGAAAGAAGUGGGAAGGUAGCGACGUACCAGCAUCGAUCAUCGAGGCUGGGAAGCUCUUCUCUAGUCACGUUAAGAUGACACGGGCGACCCGUCAAUUAUGGGAAGAACGCGAGCGGUUUAUGAAAUAUGAGCGUGGUUGGAAUGCUGACGAUACCAUAAACGACGGCACCGCAAAGGAAGAAGAGAAUCCUGACGCAAGCCUGUCUUCGCCAGAAAGUCAACGAGGCAGUGCAAAACCCAGAAUUCCAGAAACAGAAAACGAAGAUGUUCAGCGACGACUAGAUGCAGUCGAGGACUUCUAUAAGCAAGCAAUGCCACAUCUUCAGGCAGUGGUUAUUGUCCUGCUGAAAGUCAUUUUAACCAAUAUCAGUGCAAUGAUAAAUCAAGCAAAUGGUCAAGGCGGCCAUGGUGCAAGCAUGGCCAAUGGCUAUCCGUAUGGUGGGACGCGGGAUGAUUUUUUGAGCGACGUCGAAGAACUCGAUAUUAUCAGACUACGAGAGAUUACGGGAAAGGCGAUAUCUGGAGCCUUGUUACUCUUGCUGAAGUGGUUCAAAAGAUCUCAUAUCUUGAAGUUCGAGUACAUGACGCAGUUGCUUCUCGACUCGAAUUAUCUCCCAUUGAUACUGAAAAUGUUCGCUCACCAAGAUGUCGAUCAACUGAUUGCGCAGCAGAAUGAUCACAAAGAAUACAGCUUCUUUCACUUUUGCCGUGUCCAUUCCGACGAUCCACCAGAAGAAGAUGCUGCUAUAGAUAACGAAUCAAUGGACGAGGAAGACGAAGCUGUACCGCCUCCAAUCUUACCCCGUAGAGCAUCGGCGAACGGUACUUCUUCAGUACGAGGUCCAUCGCCUGUAAAAAAUGCGGAAGGGUAUUCGGAUGGUACCACGCGGCUCGAAGUCGACGAAUUAGGAUAUCCUACAGGGCCGGUCCCCGAAGAUCCAAUUACAGCAUUUUCUUUCCGCAACUUCUUCUCAGUCAUCAACUACCUGCAUAUUAUGCAAAAGAUUACACGGGAUAAAGCACACCGUUGCCUUCUUCUCGUGCAAUACAGAUCAAGUACGAUACUUCGCAAGGGCCUCAAGAUACCGGAUCCUCAUCUUCGACUUUAUACCCUGAAGCUAUUCAAAUCGCAGGUUCCAUACUGUGGCCGAAAGUGGCGCCAGACCAACAUGCGCGUUAUUACAGCUAUUUAUCUCUACUGCCGUCCUGAGCUACGAGACGAUUGGUUGGCCGGCUCAGACGUUGAUGCAGAAGUUGAAGAUGCUUUGCCCCUGGAACAGGCGCUCCGCGGUCUUACUCAUUGGUGGCACCUGCGUCAAUACAAAGACGUGUUAAAUAUUGGAGAUGAAGGAACUUCGAUUUUUGAAGAAGAGAGAGAUUUCUUUACCAGGGAGUUGGAUGCUAUGGGCUGGGGUCUAUAUGGCGAGGACAUGCUGAAUGAUGUGGAUGAGAGAGAAAUUGGAUUGCCUACAAACGGAACGACUGAAUGGGAUGGUGGACCGUUGCAAAUGGAAGGAUGGUGAUUUCAGUAUGUUUCCUUAGCAAGUUAACGAAUCCUGUCAAUGAAUCUCUUUGCUACUAGCU